UGUAAAAAUUUGAAACAAUUCUCACAUAAACGAUUUUAAACAGGCAAUAGAAGUCAGCACAAGACGUCACGUGUGAAGUAUAUAAAAUAUUUAUUGUUAAAUACGCACGCAACACACAUAUACAAUUAUUCAUAUAUGUAAUACAUAUCGCUUUAUGAAAAUGAAUCUACCAAUAAUGCUGAUUUCAUCUAACGUGACGCAUGGUUUCGUCUGAGAAAUGAAAACGGACGCGAUCUGUCUUCAGAUAAUAGAAAGCCUCGCGAAAAGCAGAGCUUCUCGCGUAUCCGGUCUGCGUGUCGUCAAAUGUACGAGCGAAAUCGGCUCUCCGCGGGCCGUCGACGACGUAUUGCCGAAAUCGCGUUUGAAUUCCGUGCGCGACGGCGCGCCCGCGAUCGUGCGCGCUCGGCCGUCUCCGGCGCCAUGGUGGGGGAAAGGGGCGGUCGGCCGAACAGAGGUGUCGCAACGGUCUGCGCGUUCGCUGCCAGUCGGGCUGGGUGGUCGGUAACGCGAGUGUGGUGCGUGCGCGCGCGAGCGACAGACGCGAGACAGCCAACGUGCGAGGAGCGUGCCGCGUCGUGUCGCGAGGGAGCUGCGUUGUUGUCAUGGCGUUGGCGUGAGCCGCGGUCGACGUGCGUCCAGCCAGCCAGCCAGCCAGCGGUGUCGAGUCUCAGGAACAUGGCGCGCGAUUCCCGGCGCGCCGACCCGCGACGCGUCGUCGCCGUCGAGAGCGGCGGCGGUGGCGGCGGCGGCGCGGCGGCGGCGAGGCGCAAACUGGUGCUGGUCCUCCUGACGUCCCUCCUGGCGAUCGCCGUACCUGCCGCAUACGCCGAGAAUCAAGGUCCGUCCGCAGACUUUAGCAGGCACACACUGGUGAGACCGCGAGUGUAUCACGGCAGAACGAAAAGGCAGAUCUCGUCAACCAAAGAGAACGACCUCGAGCAUACGGACGUGCUGACGGUGGGUUUCAAUGUGGACGGCGUCGAGCGCGUUCUCGACCUUCGGCUGAACACCGAUUUAAUUCCGGUCGGCUAUCAGCAACUCCACCAGCAUCGCGGCACGUACAAAGUGCACACCCCGUCGAAAGUUGAACUCUGUCAUUACCAAGGUAGCGUUCGAGAUGUUCCUGGCUCGUGGGUGGCGUUAUCCACUUGCAGAGGAUUGCGCGGUGUCAUCUUCGAUGGUGAGAACCUUCAUCACAUCCAUCCGGAAGAUGAGAGCUUGGAUUCCGCGCAUUACCUUUACAAGCACAGCGAUCUCAUUGCCAAUAACACGUGCGGUUACGAAGGCACGCAGCCACACGACGUUCUCCCUCGUGAUCAUCGCGAGAUUAAAAGGUUCUCCAGGCACAAAAGAGCGGCUGAAAUUAUCCGUGGACCCUACAACGCGAACAGGCAGUCGCGUUACGUUGAGCUGGUACUCGUAAUCGACAAGAAGGAAUACACCGCGCUCGACGAGAACCUGGACAAAGUUCAUCAGCACUGCAAGGACAUCGCCAACAUUAUCAACGCUCUGUACAUGCCGUUGAACAUAUUCAUCGCCCUGGUCGGCGUGCAGGUCUGGUCCGAGUCGGACGAGAUAGCGCUCUCGCCGAACGGCGACACCACGCUGUCGAAUUUCCUGCGUUACCGCAGGGAGAAGCUGGUCCAGGAUAUCCCGAACGAUAAUGCCCAGCUGUUGACGCGAAUCACUUUCGACGGCGGCGUAGUCGGCAAGGCUCUCAAGGGACCGAUAUGCACCUACGAAUUCUCCGGUGGCGUCUCCAUGGACCACUCGAACGUCGUUGGCUUGGUCGCAGCCACCGUCGCCCACGAGAUGGGCCACAAUUUUGGCAUGGAGCACGACGGACCGGAUUGCGGCUGUCCUGAGGAGAAAUGUAUAAUGGCGUCGUCCAGCGGCUCGUCCGGACCAACGCACUGGUCCACAUGCUCGUUGGAACACCUUGCUCUCGCUUUCGAGCACGGCAUGGAUUACUGCCUGAGAAAUAAGCCGCAGAAGCUCUUCGACAGUCCCAUAUGCGGUAAUGGAUUCGUCGAGCCGGGCGAGCAAUGCGACUGCGGCCUGAAGGAGAACUGCGACAAUCCCUGCUGCAACGUGACCACCUGUAUGCUGCACAGCAAUGCGAGCUGCGCGACCGGCGAGUGCUGCGACCUGAAGACCUGCCGGCCGAAGACCGCAGGCACGGAGUGCCGAAGUGCUGAACACGAGUGCGAUCUGCCGGAGUAUUGCACCGGCCAGAGCGAGUAUUGUCCGGCGGAUGUGUUUAAGAUGGACGGCGAGACCUGCAGCGUGGGCAAAGCCUUCUGCUAUCAAGGCUCGUGUAGGACUCACGACGAUCAGUGCAAACUGCUGUGGGGCCCCACCGGUUGGUCCUCUGACGCGCAAUGCUACGAGAUGAACAACAGGGGCAACAAAAACGGUAAUUGCGGCUACAAUCGCAUCGAGCCGAGUUUCAUCAAGUGUAACGACGAAAAUCUCCUCUGCGGCAUGCUGCACUGCAAACACUUGAACGAACGGCUAGAAUUUGGUAUGGAAUCGGUCGCCACCCUAAGCCAUUCGUUCAUCAAUAACGGCGGCAAGAUAAUUCCAUGUCGUUCGGCCAUAGUCGAUCUCGGAUUGAGUCAGGUUGACCCUGGUCUCGCACCGGACGGCGCCAAGUGUGCACCCGGAAAGAUGUGUGUAAAUCAGAAGUGUAUGUCAGUAGCGGAUCUAAGAGCGUCCGUGUCUGGCGGUAAAGCUUGCCCGAAUAAUUGCAACGGUAACGGAGUGUGUAAUAGUCUUGGUCAUUGUCAUUGUAAUCGUGGCUUUCGACCACCUGACUGCCUUCAGCCUGGAGUUGGCGGCUCCGAGGACAGCGGUCCAGCCGAUGAUCCUAACGCGAGAAACGAUUUCAUAACUGCCCUUUACGUUAUCUUCCUGGGAGUGGUGCCCGCCGUGGCUCUGCUCCUAUUCGGCGUUUGGUACGUCAGGAACUCCGGACAGCACUGGAAAAAGGAUGUGAUGUCUACGACCGAUCGCAGCCACAAUGGAUUGCUAAUCAAAACGAUCGAUCGUUCCAGUCCCAUGUCCCGUAACAUCGAGACGAUCGAUUCUAGUCUGAGUCAGGAUCCCGCGUGCGUGAGUCUACUGCCUAAGGCAGAGGCCGACGAGCGCUACAACAACAAUAUGUUCGGCCAGUUUAAAGGCUUCACGAUCACGCCGAUCCACUCGAAUCAGUCGAAAUUGGCCGAGCCGACGAAACCGGCUCCACCUCCGCCGGGAUGGAUACCCACCGUGGCGAUAAAGACGAACGUAGUUAAGCCGAGCGUGCAAAAGUGCAAUGUGCCGCAAAAGAGCAAUCUGUCGAGUUCCAGCGAGCCAAGCUCGGUCGCGCCGGCAUUACCGCCGCUGAAUCCCGGUUCUACGGCACGACCGUUGAUCAGCAGUCCCGUCCUGGCGGCCACGACUUGCACGUCCGUCGAAUUGGUGACCAAGGUACCCACCAGACCUGCCCCGGAUGUGCCUACGCGUCCAGCCCCGCCACCGCCGAUCACUUCUGCGCCUUCCGCGAAGCCGCAGAGGCCCAACAGCACGCCCCUGACAAACGUGAUCCUGCCAGAACCCGAGAGGAAGCCGGACAAGGGCAGCACGCUCAAUCGUAUCGCGUCGAUGUUGCGCCCUGGCUCCAGCAUCAUGAGAAGCAAUUCCCAGAGCUCACAGAGGGACGACAAGAACACGAAUUCUCUCCCGAGGAGUCAGCAUCACAAGGCUAACAAGGUCAUCGACAAGGAGAUCCUGAGGAACCUCGAGAUCUCCAAUCCGAUACCGCAGACGCAGAUCGAGAUCACGACCCCGGUCAUCCCGGUGAUAUCAGUGGCCGAAGUUGAACGGAAAAACGUGGUCCUGCGCGCUCAGUCGAUGAGAGACAGCAAAAUUACGAGACCGCUUGUCCACACGUUUGGCUCGAUGCGCCAGACGACGCCCGCCAAGAGGCCCACCAGUAUUCCGGCCAGCACGAGGCCCACGUCGCCACCUCCGGGCCCGCCGAGUAUCGCGCAGACGGAAAGGGCCGCCGAAAGCGCGAUAAAGAUCCCGGGGCUGCCGGGCUAUCAGAAUCCGCCAGUGAAAACCGUCCCGAAGCCGCUGGAGAACACCUAUGACGACUGCAUGAACUUGAUCGCGGAGUCGUCCCUGACGAAGAUCACCGAGGAAUCGCCCACGAACGAUAAUAUCUACGCGGUGAUAGAGGAACCCGUGCCUGAGAAGAACAGAAAAAACGCGGAAUUGGAGAUAACGGCGGCUGAUAACGAGUAUAAACUGCCGAAACGCAUCGACACGAUGUCCGGUGGUCCCAACAGCCUCGAAUCGAUGGGCUUACUGUCGGAGAUCGUGUCGGAGAUAUCGAAUCGUAAUUUCGACUCCAUAUAUUCCACCUCGACGCUGACCAGAAAGAAGAAGGAGAACAACAGGGAAGACGCGACGAAGAAUUUGGAGAAUAUAGGCUCGAACAACUCCCUCGGUGGCUACAUGAAUUCGAGCCACUACAAGAUACCCGGUGGUAUUUAUUCAAACUCGGCUUCCGGCAAAUUUAACUCGUCGAGCUCCACCACCAGCUCCGGCUACCUUCAUCCAUCCGUGAUAAACGUUCCGCAAAUGGAAAGGAAAGAGGCGAACAAAAGUAUUUCGGACGCGAACGACAAUUUGAAGCCGGUCGACAAGAGUAAUGUAAACACCCUCGCGUCCAAUAAUCCUAAUAUAAACGACGAGCUGUCGAAAGAGCUCGGCAUGAAGCCGCCUGAGAACCACCCUAUAGGAUACAAACCGUUCGCUUCGACGAAAACUCGACCGUCUCAUUUGAUACAUAUCAAGAAGGACGACCAAGCUGAGAGCAAGAUUCCGGCCAAGCCGCCGUUCAACAGGACUAAGACGCCCCCGAACAUCGCGAGGAGCCCGACUUGCAAAGAUACCCCCGAGUCGGGCGUGAAACUCGCGAGACAAAGUUCAGAUAAUACGUUAAAAUCCUUGAAAUCCUCGAAAACUUCCGACGCGAGUUCGACAACGGCGAAACAGAGCUCGGAUGCAAGUCCAACCGCGAGACAGACGCAACUAAACGCAAGCGAGUCGAGUAGCGACUUAGAUAAGGAGGAAUCACACACAGCCGUAUCUGUCAAAAAUGUGCCUUGUAGUCCUAAGGAUAGCCUGGGGAAGUUCAAUAGCCCGGAUCUGGUCUCGAGCUGCUCGAAUUCGAAUCAGGGUGGAACGAAGUCGCCGGACGUCGUGGGCAGCAACCCCAAGUUCAGUCUGCCGCUGAAGACCGUUCAGAAGACACCCACACUGCCGAGGGGCGGCCAGAAGACGCCCACAACGCCGUUGAAACCGCUAAACGUUACAUCGAAAGCGGCCAGUUUCUCGGAGAGGAAGAAGUCUCCGACUGGCAGCGCGAGCGUGCCGGCCAAGUCGCUGUCACCAACCGCCAAGGAGGCGAACAACGGUGGCGCCAAACCGUCGCAUUUGACGCCGAAGGUGGUGUCGGCUAAGGCGGAACCGAAAACCGGGGACGGAGGUGUGGCAACGAGGACGAAUCCACUGCAAAGAGUGGCGAGCGGUAAAUCCAACGUGGCGUCGCUUCAGCAAAAGUUCGAGGCCAACAAGAGCAACUCUGGUGUCGCGAGAACAAUGCCGAGUGCGAACGGUAAGAAGUUGGUGGCGCGGAUGACGGAAGUCGGUGGCAGCGGAGCGAGGAAAUGAACGGUCAUCCGGAAGAGGUGCUCUGGCACUCCUGCCUGACGCUCGGACGUGCUCGACGGGAUUGAAAAAGCGUUUAGGGAUCACGGCCAGGGAAAUCUAUACUUGAAACAUUCUAGUCCAUCACACUGAAUCGUUCUCGAUGGAGGAUGCGCGAUAUAUUGUAAAACGGAUAUACGCGUUCAUGGUAAACGAAUACAUCGCGAGCAUGCACGAGUAUAAACGUAGAUAACGCGCGAGGGCGAUAUCUCUCGGUAACUUCUUAUUUAAGAAUUCUUAAACGGAAGUUUAAAAAAAAAGAAUAGUACAAGGAUCGAGUCUUUUCCUCUAAGAUUCAUAAAAUCGCUAAUUUUACAAUGUAUUUCUCGAUUAAGAUAGGGUCGCGUGCGGCCGCAUGAGAGACGCGAUAUUGAAAACAAUUGUAAAUAGUGCCCGCACUUGAAAAUUCUCAUAUUUUUUGUAGAGACUAUCCAUUGCCGGCGUUCAGGCGUACCUAUGUAAGCCAAUAAUUACCGUAAUAUUUAACUUAAGGCGUUUUAUAAGCGACAUUGCGAGGUAAGCGACAGCGUUAUUUUCGAAACCAUCGCUUGAAACUGAAAUGGGACGUGUACGGAAUUAAUUGACCUCUGUGAUAUAUGUAUAUGUAUAAAGAAAUAUUGUGCACAGAAACACUAUUAUGCCACAUUGUUACGGCUAGCAGAUUUUAGACGCGACCAAAUUAUUUUAUAUCAUAACUACAUACAUAAAUCGUACUGACAAAAAUGCGCCGUUAAGUUUUCUAAAAAGGAAAAAGCCAUCGGAAAUCGCAGUCAUAUCCGACGCAGCUCCGUUAACAGAGGGAGGGAGCAGGGUCCCUUUUCUUUCCAAAGAUUAAAUAUUUAUGAGAGAGAUCAAGAUGCAAGACCUUGUACCUUCGCGGAUCCCGUGGGAAUCAAAAUGGAAAUGCUAUUUAGUUAGGAGAGUCUAGAUGUUAGCGCACGCGCUAGUAACGUAACACUGCGAAUCGAGCGAAGGUGAUAUCCUCCCGCCAGGCGAGGAAAUAUCUCGCCUCGGUCGCGCGCAGCGUCGCGCAAUCUAUUACUUUCUCAUUGUCCUUCGCGUAAAUCAGUAACAGAGGCUUGCUUCGUCUAGACACAAAGACUAAAACUAUUUAUUUGACUGAUACCCGUUGUAAAUAUACUACGUUCGUAAGAUAUAGGCGUAUAGAGCUGAGGUUUUUGUACCAUGUACCUUUGCGCCGAGAAUAAGUUACGUAAGUUACCCCUACACGCGCAUUAUACACGUACGAUCGCGAGGAAGAGGGACGAGCAGCUUCUUGAACGUCGAGUCCAUCGUUGAGGUGUGAAAUCGAGGAAAGCUUUUAUUGAACUGAUGAACCGGCCGAGCUGCGUUCGUGCAUUUACUGUCCCCUCUUUCUUUUUCUACCCUUCCGCGCAGCGAAUUCCCCCGUACGAAUCCAGUCGGCACCUAUGAUUCGUAGCGUUAUCCAGUUUGUAAUAGUUCCUACAUGCGGAGCGUCCAGAAAUCAUCCCACCACAGAGUUUCAAUAAAGAGGUUCAAUAAA